UGGAGCAGAAGCGAACAGGACGAGGGGUGACUGGCCCUCCAGGGAACACUGCCCUGGCACCCAUCACCUCUGAGCCCCCCCCUAAACUCUCGGGGGGGGCCAAUUUCAACCCAUGACGCCACAUUUCCUCCGGGUGUCGACGUCUCCAACCUGCUUCCCUCCCUCUUCCCCCCCGCAGGACCGGAGCGACACGGAGGUGGAGAAGAUCAAGAGCACCCUCAUCCUGUGCUACGGGCACGUGGCCGUGGCCGCGCCCCGCGAGCUCCUCCUGCCCCGCGUCGAGGCCGACAUCCUGAGGAACAUCUUCCAGUACUUCCACACCAAGGUUCUGGGGAUAAAAGUAGAGACCAAGGACCUGACGCUGAAGCUGUGCCUGAUCCGCAGCCUGGCCAUGCUGUGCCAGGCCGUGGCCCGCGGGAAGGGCCCCCCCGGCUUCGUCCUCGCCCGCAAGGCCGAGCUCGUCGCCCACAUGGUGGAAUUCAUCCGGGCGGAGCCCCUGGAGAGCCUGCGGACGCCGCUGCGCCAGCGGGCCAUGGUCACCUGCACCCACCUGGU